UCUCUCUCUCUCUCUCUCUCCCUCCCCCUCUGCUUUUUUUUUGUUAAUAAAUAAAUAGAACAUUUUCUUUGUAUGUAUGUAAAGUGGAUAUACUUUCCUUUGAAAAAAAGAAAAAAGUGCCAUUUCUAUAGGUUAGAAAUAAGUAGUAAUAUUAUUAUCCAAAUCCAGAUCCCAAUCCCAAGAAACCAAGCAAAUAUGUCUGGAGGAGUAUCGAGGAGAUGGAGGAAGCUGGUGGCGAUGGAGCAUUUGAAUUGCUUGGCCCAUUGGAGGAGGAUUGCCUUUGGUUUAGGAGGAGGAGGGAUUCAGCAACGUUUCUCCUCUGCUGGCGGAGGAGAUGGCGGAGGCGGGGACAAUUCCGAUGACAAUACCAAAAACGAUACUACUACUACUAACAGGAAUAGAAGCAAAGGAAAAAACAAAUCCAAAGGCAGCACUGCCACUUCUGCUCUCACUCUUAAGAUUAAAGCCGAGAUUAAUUGCCCGCGCUGCUCCAAUCACAAUUACUUCAAUUUCAGUCUUCCUCCUGCUUCGUUAGAUUCGUCUGACGGUAAUUCCAGCAACGGCAAAUCCACCGUUAAUUUCUGCCCCACUUGUAGAACCGCCUACCACUUUCGCCCCCACCGUGUAUACCCUCUCCAGGGCACCUUCUUGGAGAUUAAAUCCAAUUCCAAAACCGCUUCUCCUCCUCCUCCUCCUCCUCGCAAUAGCGUUCGGACAUCGUUUUGGGACAAUCAUAGAUCCGGGAAUUCUCCGCCAACGCCACCGCCUCCGCCUCCUGGGAAUGGCCUCGCAGUUCAAACUCCGCCUGGGCCGCCCUUUCCUCCCGGAGUUAAUUUCCUAAGAAUUGAUGGGCCCAAGGAAAGCCACGUUAAUGGGAAUGGCGCUUGGUUGGGCGGGGCCAAUUUGGGGAAGGAUUUGCCGACGCCGAAAGAAAUUUGCAAAGGCCUUGACAAAUUCGUUAUUGGCCAGCACAAGGCAAAGAAGGUACUGUCAGUUGCCGUUUAUAACCAUUAUAAAAGAAUAUACCAUGCCUCCUUGGAGAAAGGGUCAGGAGUAGAAGACGCAAGUUUAGAAGCACUUGAUAACAAUGAAAAUGUGGAGUUAGAGAAAAGCAAUGUGCUAUUGGUCGGACCAACUGGCUCCGGAAAGACUUUAUUGGCAAAAACUCUGGCUCGCUUCGUCAAUGUCCCUUUUGUCAUUGCUGAUGCAACAUCUUUGACGCAGGCUGGUUAUGUUGGUGAAGAUGUUGAAUCAAUAUUGUACAAACUACUCACGGUUGCUGAGUUCAAUGUAGAAGCAGCUCAACAAGGAAUAGUUUACAUUGAUGAAAUUGACAAGAUAACUAAAAAGGCUGAGCGCUUAAACGUCAGCAGAGAUGUAUCGGGGGAGGGUGUUCAGCAAGCCUUGCUGAUGUUAGAGGGAACUAUUAUAAAUGUUCCAGAGAAGGGAGCAAGGAAGAAUCCUCGAAGUGACAAUAUACAGAUAGAUACAAAAGACAUCCUUUUCAUUUGUAGUGGAGCGUUUGUUGAUCUUGACACAAUUUCAGAGAGACAGCAAGAUUCUUCAAUAGGUUUCGGAGCACCUGUCCGUGCUAAUAUGAGGACGUCAUGGGUAACCAAUGCUGCAGUGACAUCGUCUUUGCUUGAAUCAGUUGAGAGUUCCGAUCUUAUUGCAUAUGGCCUCAUACCAGAGUUCGUAGGACGCUUUCCAAUACUAGUUACUUUGUCAGCUUUAACUGAGGAGCAACUUGUGCAGGUGCUUACAGAACCAAAAAAUGCUAUUGGAAAGCAGUACAAGAAGUUAUUUAGCAUGAACAAUGUGAAGCUACAUUUUACACCUAAAGCGUUGAGAUUAAUUGCUAAGAAGGCAAUCGCUAAGAAUACAGGUGCCAGGGGUUUAAGAGCUAUACUGGAAAGCAUUCUCACUGAAGCGAUGUAUGAGGUUCCAGAUGCAAGGACUGGACACAAUAGAGUAGAUGCUGUUGUGAUCGACGAGGAAUCAGUGGGUUCAAAAGAUACCCCUGGAUGUGGAGGGAAGAUUCUCCGUGGAGAUGGUGCUUUGGAGCAUUAUUUUGCAAAAGCCAAGUUGAAGGAUUCUAUUGAAAACCUUCCAAUGGUCCAAGGACAGCAGGUGGAAGGAGAAUCGGAGGUUUCAUCAAGAGCCAUGAGCUUCUAGCAAUUUUCCACUGAAGCUGUUGCGGUAAUGUGGUAACAGUAUUUGUUAUUUGUAAAAGUGACAUUCAUUCAUUGGCCCAUUUAUAUUGUAGAACAUAAAUUUUGGUGCCAUAGUUGAAUAGAAAGAUACAAGAUAAGGAAAAGAAAAAUAAAAUUGUAGCUUCUUAGAGGAAAAACGGCACCUUCUGUAAAAUUUUUGUUCUGUUCAAACUUACAUUGUAAUUUAUUGUAAGAUUUUAACUAAUUGAAUAUCACGUGUAU